CUUCACUCCUUCUCGAAAAGCUCCCUCGAACCAUUCACUCAACCCUCUGAGAUCGCCCAACAUGGCGUCUCCCAUCAUCACUCUGCAGCCACUGAGCGCUUACACCUUUACUACGAAGGCGCCGCAGCCCGAGGAGGACCCCUCCGUCUCGGCCCGCCUGCAACGCCUUCAGAACAACUACGAAGACUUCGGCAUGAGACGCUCUACAGAAGCUGUACUCCUCGUCCACGAACAUGGCCAUCCGCACGUCCUCUUGAUCCAGGUGGCUUCCUCGUUCUGGAAAUUGCCAGGAGACUACUUGCGUCCGGGCGAGGAUGAGAUCCAAGGGUUGAGCGAUCGACUGGACGAGAGGCUGAUGCCUGAUGACGGGAUGGACGGUGGAGAAGAGAGCGGCAGAGGUGGAUGGGAUAUCAGUGAUUGCAUUGCUACAUGGUGGAGGCCGAGCUUUGAGACUUUCAUGUAUCCUUACAUCCCACCGCACAUCACCAAGCCAAAAGAGUGCAAGAAGCUCUACCUCGUACAGCCUCCGCCGAAAGCAACCUUCGCCGUCCCCUCGAAUCUCAAGCUACUCGCCAUCCCCCUCUGCGACCUCUACGACGGCUCGAACCGCUUCGGAGCUCAGCUAGCGGCUAUCCCGCAUCUGCUCAGUCGAUACCAGUUUGUUUGUCAGGACUGAGACGUGCACAACACAGCAGGCUGGUUCGCUCCACAAUUUAGAUGUAAUUGUACGCUUGAUAAAAGACCCAGACUAGGACG